AUGCUCGAGCAAGACGAUGAUGACGCCGACGGUGGCGAUGACGAUGAGGUCCGGCGAGAGCGGGGUAGGCGUGAGGACGGCGGGGACGAUGCGAACGAGCGCGAGCGCGAGCUUGAGUGUGGUGGUGAGAGGGAGGAGAAGGGAUGUGAGGAGGAGGACAGAUAUGAGGGUGAGGAGGAGGCGGGUGAGGAGGGCCGGGAGGACGAGAGAGAGGACGAGGAUGAGAGUGACGAUGAGAGUGACGGUGAGGGUGACGAUGAGGGUGACGAUGAGGGUGACGAUGAGGGUGGCGAUGAGGGUGGCGAUGAGGGUGGCGAUGAGGGUGACGAUGAGAGUGACGAUGAGGGUGACGAUGAGAGUGGCGAUGAGAGCGACCGUGAGAGCGAGGAUGAGAGUGAGAGCGACCGUGAGAUUGACGGUGAGCGUGACGGUGGCCGUGUCGGUGAGCGUGACGUCGAGCGUACGAAUCGGUACGGAAUGGGAAAUGGAGUUGGCAACGGCAACGGCAACGGCAAUGGGUAUAAGUAA